AUGGUAAAAUGGUCACGGCUCUUUGGCGCAGAGCGCGACUCUCGCGAUACACGCGAGGAACUAUGGAGGUUACUCCCCAGUCAUACCAACGACAUUCCCUCCCCGGCCUUCCCAGCUCGUGAAGUCACCAAGGUUGCCCUCCGCUUGAAAUACCAGAUUGAAGAAGUCAUACCCAUUGAGCUCCCCGAGGACAAGAUCACCGCCGCCAACUCUGGGGUCAUCACCAAGAAGGUGGUGCAGACCGCCCGUGAAGCUGGAGGGAAGGACUACGCCUCCUGCGUCGUGUACUGUCUACUUGUUUGUAACAGAUGGUUUCGACAUCAGGCGAGACUCGAACUAUGGGAUGCAGACCUCCACGAAGUCCGCGCUGUAGCCUGCGAGGUCAUCGCCAAACGCAUUAUCGAGGCUGAAGAAGACCAAGAGUAUCUGAUGCAGAAAGUCCUGUUGCAACGCUAUAGCGUCGUACGCAAAGACGAAGAAUCUGCUCCAGCAAAUGUUAUCGAGCGCGCUGUCGACUUACACUGUCUCAGGGUGAUUGGCUCCUCUGGCUACCAAAAGUGUAUCAAAUACCUGUGGCGCGGCUGGAUCCAACAAGACGAUGAAGAUGCUGCCAAUUACCGUUGGUACGAAAAUCGCGACAAUACCAACUAUUGGAGUCACUAUGACCCCGACCGCAUGCGCACACCAUUGUACCAGAACGUGGUUCAGAUUUCGGUGUCAAUCAUCUAUCUCGCUCUCUACACCCAGGCGGUAAACAGCAUUAAUGAAGAAGGCGACCUCGAUGUUGUGGAAGGAAUCCUGUAUGUCAUGACGGCAGGCUUCCUCUGCGACGAAUUCGCUAAGCUGUGGAAAGUUGGCCGCUACUAUAUCGGUUUCUGGAAUGUGUUCAACAAUUGCCUGUACGCGUUACUAACUGCGUCUUUCGUGAUCCGCGUUGUAGCACUUGCGCACAGCCCGGACCAAGAUGACGAGCGUCGGCGCGAGCUGAACAAGGUGGGCUACCAUAUCUUCUGUUUCAGCGCCCCUAUGUUCUGGAUGCGUCUCCUGCUGUACCUGGACACGUUUCGCUUCUUCGGCGCCAUGUUGGUUGUGCUAAAGGUUAUGAUGCGCGAAUCAUUGAUCUUUUUUCUGCUACUCGUCGUGGUAUGCAUCGGUUUCCUUCAAGCAUUCAUCGGAUUGAAUCAAGUCGAAGGGAACGCCAGCAUUACUACAUUCAUCAUCACCAGCAUGGCAAACUCGGUGAUGCAAUCCCCUGACUUUGAUGGGUUUGACAACUAUGCUCAUCCGUUCGGGCUGAUAUUGUACUAUAUCUUCACGUUCGUGGUCAUGGUCAUCCUGUUGAACAUUCUCAUCGCGCUAUACAAUUCAGCAUACGAGGAUAUCACCGAGAAUGCGAUUGACGAGUACAUGGCCAUGUUCGCCCAGAAAACCCUGCAGUUCGUCAGGGCACCCGAUGAGAACGUUUUCAUUGCACCGCUCAAUCUGAUAGAGAUGUUCUUUCUGAUUCUGCCCUUCGAGUGGUGGAUGGACAAAGCACGCUACCAGCGGCUCAACGAUUAUGUCAUGGGUAUCGUUUACAGUCCGUUGCUCCUGAUCACAGCGGCGCUGGAGGCGAGAGAUGCGAGAUUUGUUCGAGACAAUCGGAAACGAGGGGAAGAGGAUGAUGACACCAUUGAGGAGUGGGAAGAGAUGCAGGGGGAGAUCGACUUCGAGAGCGAGGGUUGGGCUAAGAAGGUGGACAGCUCGAAGCCCAUUGUCGAUGUCGAUGCCGACGUGGUCGAGAUUAGGGAGCUGAAGGAACAGGUCAAGGAGCUCAGGGAGAUGGUCAGAGCCAUGAGUGUCGAGCCAGGGAGUCAAUGA